CACGGUUAGGACAGAAAAAGACAUUGUUGAAUGUUGAAAACCAGCUACCAGAAGCCUUUGUUCGAAACGAGUUCACCGAAACCUGGUUAACGACGGAUUCCCGGGCUAAGCUGAAGUGAACAUAGUCGUUUUCUUCACAUUUUCUUCUUCGACCGUUCUUUAACUCUUUCUUGGCAUAUGGUUUUCGAAUCUGAAUUGAAUUUGUAUCUGGGUCUUCCUCAAAGCCGCCAUCCCUUUUGAAGCCAAGAUUGUGGGGGCAAAAAUCUAAUAAACUAUGGCUUCUUUCGCGGGCUCGGCUCCGCUCAGCAUCUAUGUCAGCAAUAAUGGCGCGUCUUCUUCUUUUUCUUCUUCUCCUUCUUCUUCCCGUCUCUCCACUGCGGGAAAACCAUCCAAUUUGUUUCGUUCUUUCAUUUUCACUAGAAAGGAAACCAAUAGAAGGAUAGUUUGUGCUUGUGUGGCGCCUCCUCGAGACGUGAAGCCCGCUGAUGCCGAUGAAUUUUCUUCCCAUAAAUUCAAUGGUUCAGCUAAACCUGAGAACCUGAGCUCGAUGGGGGAGCCUGAUGAUGGAUCUGACGUGCUUAUUGAGUGCAGAAAUGUAUACAAGUCGUUCGGCGAGAAGCAUAUCUUAAGAGGUGUGAGCUUCAAGAUAAGGCAUGGAGAGGCUGUUGGAAUAAUUGGGCCCUCUGGCACUGGAAAAUCUACAAUCUUAAAGAUAAUGGCUGGGCUACUUGCUCCAGACAGGGGUGAGGUUUUAAUCCGGGGGAGAAGACGCCAUGGACUAAUCAGUGAUGAGGAAAUAUCUGGUCUUAGGAUUGGCUUAGUGUUUCAGAGUGCAGCACUUUUUGAUUCCUUGACUGUUCGAGAAAAUGUUGGUUUCCUUUUAUACGAGAAUUCCACCAUGCCUGGGGAUCAAAUUGCUCAGUUAGUAACAGAGACCUUAGCUGCUGUUGGGUUGAAGGGUGUAGAGAACCGGCUACCUUCUGAAUUGUCUGGUGGAAUGAAGAAAAGAGUUGCUUUAGCUCGUUCUAUAAUUUUUGAUACAACAAAAGAUGUGGUUGAGCCAGAGGUGCUUCUGUACGAUGAACCAACAGCUGGGCUUGAUCCAAUUGCAUCGACUGUUGUGGAAGAUCUUAUCCGCUCUGUUCAUAUGAAAGGCGAGGAUGCCCUUGGGAAGCCCGGGAAGAUUGCAUCCUAUGUUGUGGUCACUCAUCAACAUAGUACCAUUAGAAGAGCUGUAGACAGGCUAUUGUUUCUUCAUGAAGGGAGGGUUGUUUGGCAAGGAAUGACUAGUGAAUUCUCGUCAUCAACUAAUCCAAUUGUUCAGCAGUUUGCGUCGGGGAGCUUGGAUGGCCCAAUCAAUUACUAUUAGCACUCUGCUUUUGCGCAUUUGACCGAACAUAGCACUCUUUUAUACAAGUAGACGAGAGGUUGGCGUCGGGAUGAAGUUUCACCCCUGAAUUCUGUUUGCCGAGGCGUCGGAUUAAUAUGUCAGCCAGUGAUAAGUUUUCCUUGUUCUUCCCUCCUUUUUUUUUUUUUUUUUUUUUCAAAUGUGAUAGUAGCCACAAGUUCAUUAGGGGCUAGAUAAUUGUUCAUUUCAGAACUUCUUAAAAGAGCUAAGAAUGAGAAUGCAUGAACAAGUUCUUUUAGAACCACAAUUAGUUUACCUAGCAGGUUAUAUUGGAUUUUUGGGUAGUUUUAAAUUUUAUUUCUAAAAUAAGGGUAUUUUUAAUCUUA